AUGCCGGAGCAAAGCAAUGAUUAUCGUGUGGUAGUGUUUGGUGCAGGUGGUGUGGGAAAAAGCUCGCUGGUGCUUCGUUUCGUUAAAGGCACAUUCAGAGAGUCUUAUAUUCCUACUAUCGAAGACACUUAUAGACAAGUUAUAAGCAGCAAUAAAACUAUCUGUACCCUUCAAAUAACAGAUACAACCGGAUCUCAUCAGUUUCCUGCUAUGCAAAGGCUGUCAAUUAGCAAGGGCCAUGCAUUUAUAUUAGUAUAUUCAGUGAGCAGUCGACAGUCAUUGGAGGAAUUAAAGCCAAUAUGGCAGACAAUAAAAGAAAUCAAGGGCACUGAGUUGCCAAACAUACCAGUGAUGUUAGCUGGAAACAAGUGUGAUGAAAGCCCAGAGAUAAGAGAGGUCUCUGCAGCAGAAGGACAAGCACAGGCCCAAACUUGGGGUGUCUCCUUUAUGGAAACUUCGGCGAAAACAAACCAUAAUGUAACACAGCUGUUCCAAGAACUCUUAAACAUGGAAAAAAACAGAAAUGUAUCACUGCAAGUUGAUGGCAAAGGAAAAAAGAAGAAAGACAAGAUUGUUAAAGAUGGCGGGGAAGCAUCUGCUAGUGGUAGAGAAAAAUGUUGUGUUAUG